GGUGUAUAUCUGUCAUGUAUGUGUUUCUUGGCUGUGCUUUGGCACCACCUCGUGGUGGUUGGUUGACACUGCUGCUUGCCAGUGGUUUAUUCGAUUCCUGUUACUAGGAAAACGAACUUGUUUGUUUCCGAGUGUGCUCCAUGUGUAGCUUGGGUUGUUUUCAUGAACGGAUGUCUGCUCUCCAUGGGCUGUGCUUCGUAUUUCCCGCUGGUUCACGCAUCGUCUUUUCACCAAGUAAAGAGACUUCAGUAAAACUGACAACUGCGCUGGAGUUUUCUUUCAAACGGUUUAACUGGAUGGAUAGCUAGCUCAGUGCUAGUGAGACCUUCACAGUGAAAAGACGGCAUUACAGCCAGCUCCGGGGGCGGAGACAGGCUUGCUACGGAGCGACACCAAGAGCUAAGUGGCUAACUCAGUGAAUAUGUACAGCCUUCACGCCAGUUUAUCUCUUCAUCCACGUUAUUAAAUUCACAACCCAGCCAUUAUGGAAGAAAAUGACAACAUGGAUAAAAUAAGUGUAAACGCACACACGUGCGUCGCGCUCAUCAUCCAGCUCAAAGGCUAAUUUAGCACUGGCUAUGGCUAUGGCAAGGGCUGAAGCAGCACAGGCUAGAACAUCACACUCUAAGUGGGAAAUUGAGCUAAAAGUUGAGCAAGCACGCAUUCAAGCUACUCUCGAUGCAUUACAGGAAGAAAAAGAGAAAGAUGCUGCCAUAGCUGAAGUAAAAAUGUUGCAGGCUGGCUUACUAGAGCUUGAUGUUGAAGAGACCAGCAGAAGCUCUAAUCCAGUGUCUCAACACUUUAGGUACCAAAGCACCGCUGCUUAUGUGAGAGCAAACCAGCAGCAUAGGUGGAUCGCCUAGCAAAAUUAGUGACAUUGUUGCCCCCAUAGACCCACACCUAAAUGAACCAUCACAGCAUAGUAAAGGAGAGGAUGUUAAGCCUACACAGUCCUACUCACUUAAAGGCCUUGCUCAAACACAAGCUGCUGUUUCUACCCAAACUACACCAGCAUCACCGUGGACUCUCAAUAAGCAGUCUCCAUUCUCUGCUUAUCAGCCUAACCAAGGUACGCCCUAUGAAGCCAGUUACCACAACUCUCAAACCACUAACGAUCUGGCUAAAUAUCUUGCCCGCAGUAACAUCAGGCCUCACAACAUUCGACGAUCAACCAAUGAAUUAUUGGGCUUGGAAAACGUCCUUCCUAAGUGCUAUUGCUGGUCUGGAUCUGUCUGUUGGAGAAUAACUCGACCUGCUCUGUAAAUAUCUGGGAAAGAAGUCAUCAGAUCAGGCGAGAAGAAUCAAAGCCGUCAACAUCAGACACCCCGACGCUGGACUAACGAUGGCCUGGGAGAGGCUUGAGGAAAUAUACGGCUCACCUGAGGUUAUUGAACAGGCUCUCUUUGAAAAGCUGGAAAGCUUCCCCAAACUGACCAACAAAGACCCAAAACGACUCAGAGAUUUAGCAGACCUGCUGCUAGAGCUUGAGGCUGCUAAGAGAGACGGCUCCCUCCCAGGUCUAUCAUAUUUGGAUACUUCCAGAGGGGUUAAGCCCAUCGUCGAGAAACUCCCAUACAACAUCCAAGAAAAGUGGAUAUCCUAUGGUUCAAGAUACAAACGUGAUCAUCAUGUCAGUUUCCCACCUUUCUCUGUCUUUGCAGACUUUGUUCGUACAGAGGCAAAAGCUCGUACUGAUCCCAGCUUCAACCUCUCCACAACAGUUCCUAUGGAGAAAAAUAGUACGUGGGAGAAAUCCACAAAGAUGCCUGUAUCUGUUCACAAGACACAAGUGUCGUCUACUGACAGAUAUGAAAGCAGAGAGGAUGAGAAGCUGACAGACCCAAACAACCAUUGUCCUCUACAUAAUAAACCACACCCUCUGAAGAAAUGCAGAAGCUUUAGAGAAAGGAGUCUAGAGGAGCGCAAACAGCUCUUAAAGGAACAUUCCUUCUGCUUCCGGUGCUGCUCCUCUACUGGUCAUCUCGCCAGAAACUGCACGGCUGAGGUGAAAUGUAUAGAAUGUGGGAGCACGGGUCACGUGUCAGCACUACACCCAGGACCAGCAGUCUGGAAACCUAAGCCCUCUCCUCCCUCUUCAGAGCAUUGCGGGGAGGAAGACAAAACAGACUAUCAGGUCACAUCAAGGUGCACACAAGUGUGUGGUGAAGGUGUUAGCGCACGAGCAUGCUCAAAAAGAUGCCUUGUAAGUGUGUAUCCAGCUGGUCGCUCGGGAGAAGCCAAGAAAAUGUAUGCAAUACUGGACGAGCAGAGUAAUCGUUCUUUGGCACGCUCUGAGUUCUUCAACGUUUUCAAAAUCACAGGGCCUUCCUUCCCUUACACACUGAAAACAUGCGCUGGAUCAACUCAGACAACAGGGAGAAGAGCUAGUGGGUUCACAGUGGAAUCCGCAGACAAAAAGUUAAGCUUUCCUUUGCCUACACUUUUAGAGUGCAACCAAGUUCCCAACAACCGCUCCGAAGUCCCUACGCCAAAUGCAGCUCAUCACCAUGCUCACCUGAAGUGCAUCGCCGACGAAAUACCACCUCUCGAUCCUAAAGCUGACAUACUCCUCUUGCUGGGCAGAGACAUUCUCAGGGUCCACAAGGUCCGUGAGCAGAUAAGUGGUCCAAACGAUGCACCGUUCGCCCAAAGGCUGGACCUGGGAUGGGUUGUCGUUGGCGACGUGUGUCUAGCAGGUGCUCACAAACCACUAGAGGUGAACAGUUACAAGACGUCUAUCUUGGAGAAUGGUCGUACUAGCCAUCUGCAGCAAUGCAACAACCAAAUCAAGGUAAGAGAAAUCUUCAAUAAAGCCCUGACUACACACAUCAUCCAGCACUGACCUCUAAGUUCAGCACAGCAACACAUGAUGCAGCCAGUCUGGGUCAAACCAUCUUCACGCGAACUGCCAACGACCACAAACUAGCACCAUCCGUAGAAGAUAUGAAGUUUCUUAAGAUCAUGGAAGCAGAGUUUCAUCAAGACAGCUCGAAGAGCUGGGUGGGACCACUACCUUUCCGGCUACCAAGACAGAGGCUGCCUAACAAUAAGAAACAAGCACAAGAUCGUCUUAACUCAUUGAGAUGCACGCUGGAAAAACGACCACAGAUGAAAGCCCACUUUCUAGAGUUCAUGGCAAACAUGUUCGGCAAAGGACACGCAGAGACUGCACCGCCCAUGAAAUCAGGACAAGAGUGCUGGUAUCUGCCGCUGUUUGGUGUGUAUCAUCCCAAAAAGCCAGAUAAGAUUCGUGUGGUCUUUGACUCCAGUGCACAAUUUGAAGGAGUGUCACUCAACGAGGUUCUGCUCACUGGCCCUGACCUGAAUAACGGCUUGGUUGGGCUGCUAAUGAGGUUCAGGAAGGAACAGGUGGCUAUCACUGCUGACACAGAACACAUGUUCCACUGCUUUGUUGUAAGAGAGGACCACAGAGACUUUCUGCGCUUCCUCUGGUACAGAAACAAUGACCCCGCCAGCGAUAUAGUGGAGUACAGGAUGCGGGUCCACCUCUUCGGGAACAGUCCCUCUCCAGCUGUGGCCAUUUAUGGUCUACGGAGAGCAGCUAAAGAAGCAGAGACCAACUAUGGCAGUGAUGCAAGAAGCCUUGUUGACCGUGAGUUUUAUAUCGAUGACGUCCUGAAGUCCUUUAACACCGAAGAAGAAGCCAUCAGUGUACUCGGCCGAGCGCAGAAAAUGCUUGCAGCCUCUAAUAUCAAGUUGCACAAAGUCACAUCAAACCGCCCAAGAGUCAUCAAAGCAUUCCCACCUGAGGAUUGUUCCAAGGAUGUUGGAAACCUAGACCUCUUUACCGAUGAGCUCCCUACCCAACGAAGCCUCGGUCUGUCCUGGAACAUGUGCACAGAUGCCUUCACGUUUCAGAUUGCAAAUGACCAGAAGCCGUUUACUCGCAGAGGAGUGCUGUCUGCAGUUAACAGUCUGUACGACCCCCUUGGGUUCCUUGCACCAGUAACAGUACGCGGGAAACUAAUACUCCGAAAGCUCACUGUGCAAGCAGACGAAUGGGAUGCGCCACUCCCCAAAGACAUGGAGCUCGACUGGACUACAUGGAAGGAAUCUCUACAAGACUUACAAGAACUCCAUAUACCACGCCCGUAUGCACCCUUUUCUACUGCAGGUGCUAAAACAAGAGAACUCUGUGUCUUCGGAGAUGCUUCAGUGACAGCAAUCGCAGCAGUGGCCUAUAUCAAGAUGACCAGUCAUGAAGGUCAAACCGAGGUAGGCUUCAUCUUUGGGAAGACAAAGUUGGCUCCCCAGCCUGGACACACUAUUGCAAGACUUGAACUGUGUGCGGCUGUGCUCGCAGUAGAGAUUGCCGAGUUGAUAGUUGCAGAGAUAGAUGUAGCAUUCGACAACAUCACAUAUUACACAGACAGCAAAGUUGUGCUAGGCUACAUCCACAACCAGUCGAGGAGAUUUUAUGUCUCCGUGCACAACAGGGUCCAACGCAUUCAUCAGUCACCAUGUCUUGGCCAGUGGAAAUACGUGCGUACAGACCUCAAUCCAGCAGACAUUGGGUCCAGAUCUGUGUCGCCAGCUCUCCUAAACAGUACAACGUGGCUCACAGGACCAGCCUUUCUCAAGGAUGCACUCAUGCAUCCUCCUAAGUUGGAAGAGACUUAUGACCUCAUCAACCCUGUUCUUGACUCUGAGGUUCGUCCUGAAGUGACAACAAGUCUGACAUGUGUCACCAGAAAUGUGGUACACCCUCAACGAUUUGAACGCUUUUCAAAGUACAUCACUCUUGUCACAGCAGUAGCACGCUUGAUCCAUGUAGCUUGCUCUUUCUCCCGUUCUGUUAACGACAAGUGUCAUAGGUGGCACAUCUGCCAUCCAACAGUGGAAGAGCUGACAAAGGCCAAGGUGUGCAUCGUGAAGAGCGUCCAGUACGAGAGUUAUGCAGAGGAGCUCAAAUGUUUGAGAUCAGGAUCUAACAUUUCUUCGUCUAGCAGCUUGUGGAAGUUGCAUCCUGUAGUGGGGGAGGAAGGACUCCUAAGAAUAGGAGGCCGCAUACAUCACUCAAGUCUGAGCUCAGACGAAGCUCACCCCAUAAUCAUUCCCGGCCGACACCAUCUGGCAACGCUGCUGAUCCAUCACCAUCACCAGGCAGUGAAGCACCAAGGAAGGCACUUCACCGAAGGAGCUGUCCGAGCUGCAGGGUUCUGGUUGGUAGGAGCAAAGCGCAGUAUCAGCAGUGUGCUCUUCAAAUGUGUAACCUGCCAGAAGCUGAGAGGAAAGACAGAACAUCAACAGAUGUCGGAUCUACCAGCCGAACGACUGCAAGUAGCACCUCCUUUCACCUACGUAGAUGUCGACGUCUUCGGGCCAUGGGAAGCCUCACGACGCACAAGAGGAGGACAUUCAAACUCAAAAAGAUGGGCAGUGAUGUUCUCAUGUAUGUGUACAAGGGCAGUACAUAUCAAAGUCAUUGAAACAAUGAGUGCCGGCAGCUUCAUUAAUGCCUUAAGGAGAUUCUUCGCUAUCAGGGGCCCAGCAAAACAAAUAUGGUCUGACUGCGGCACUAACUUCGUCGGCGCUUCUCGAGAGUUGCAAAUGAAGACUACAGAUUCCAGUGGCAACAACGUGGAGAAGUACCUGAGCACGCAGAACUGCACAUGGGUGUUCAACCCGCCACAUGCGUCCCACAUGGGUGGGGCAUGGGAACGGAUGAUUGGCAUCGCUCGUCGCAUUCUUGACUAUCUGCUGCUUGAACAGAAGAAGUCUUCUUUGACACAUGAAGUUCUGGUUACGCUCAUGGCUGAGGUGACAGCAGUCAUCAAUGCUAGACCUCUCAUCCCAGUAUCUUCAGAUCCAGAGUCACCUCUCAUCCUCACCCCAGCAAUACUCCUGACCCUCAAAACAGGCUCUACACCACCUCCUCCAGGUAACUUUGAAGAGGCAGACCUCUUUAAAGAGCAGUGGAAGCAAGUUCAGAGCCUGGCGGACACCUUUUGGAGUAGGUGGAGAAAAGAAUAUCUCAAGACUCUGCAGUUUCGUCACAAGUGGCAGUCCAAGAGGCCAAACCUUCAAGAGGGGGACAUUGUUCUCCUGAAAGACAAUCAGGCUCAGAGAAACGAAUGGCCUAUGGCCACCAUCUCAAAGACAUUCCCAGGAAGGGAUGGACUGGUUCGUAAGAUUGAGGUAGAGAUCUCCAAGGACAAGACCAAAAGGAUCUUUUCUCGUCCUGUUACAGAAGUGGUCCUGCUUCUGUCUCCAAAGACUGAUUCUUGUUGAUUGAUCUGGGGUUUAAAAACCCCAGGCGGGGAGUGCUCUGUCCUUGAUAUGUGUUUUUGGUGUAUAUCUGUCAUGUAUGUGUUUCUUGGCUGUGUUUUGGCACCACCUCGUGGUGGUUGGUUGACACUGCUGCUUGCCAGUGGUUUAUUCGAUUCCUGUUACUAGGAAAACGAACUUGUUUGUUUCCGAGUGUGCUCCAUGUGUAGCUUGGGUUGUUUUCAUGAACGGAUGUCUGCUCUCCAUGGGCUGUGCUUCAUAUUUCCCGCUGGUUCACGCAUCGUCUGAGUGUUAUUAUCCGACAGGCU